CCAAUUAAUCGACCCCUUAUUUUUAUUUUUUGACAUUUGUAGAUUUAGAGUUCUCUCUCUCUUCUUUCUCUCUCUAAUUGUAAAAGCAAAAUAAACAGCUGAUUUUCACCUGAAUCAUCAACAGCAACGCAAUAAAAUCACUUCUUUUCUGUCACUCCACUCUCUCUUGGAUCACAAAAGUCAGACCGUGGGGUGAGUUUGAAGAUCGGAUCACUGUGGUUUUUAGACAAGCUUGGGGUUAACAUAGUUGUCAUGUUAAGGGUUUUUAAUUCUUAGAUUUGGAAUGUUUAGGUGAAGGUUGUUGAAUGGGAAUGCAGACAAAGGGAUCUCAAGGUGAUGGUAGUAGUCAUUUUAAACAAUCUCAGCUCCAGCCAUUGGCACGGCAAAACUCAAUGUACAGUCUCACUCUCGAUGAGGUUCAGAAUCAGUUGGGUGACUUGGGGAAACCUCUCAGCAGCAUGAAUCUCGACGAACUUCUGAAAAACGUGUGGACAGUGGAGGCUACCCAGACUAUGGGUUUGGAAGUGGAGGGCACACCAUUUGCCAAUCAAACUGCUUUGCAGCGUCAGGCAAGCUUAUCGUUAACCAGUGAUCUGAGUAAGAAGACAGUUGAUGAGGUUUGGAAAGACAUCCAACAAAGCAAAAAUGACAGGGGGAUAAAGUCUAGGGAGCGGCAGCCUACUUUUGGAGAGAUGACUUUGGAGGAUUUCUUGGUAAAAGCAGGAGUUGUAGAUGAAGGAUCCAUGGACAAGAAAGAUGGUGGUUCCAUUGGUGGGGUUGAUACAAAUGCAGCACAACAGUUUCAGCAACAAGGUCAAUGGUUGCAAUACCCACCACAACCACAGUAUCAGCAGCCACAACAAAGCAUGAUGGGGGUUUAUAUGCCAGGUCAGUCUACACUGCAGCCACUUCACAUGGGGGCUGGUUCUAUGAUGGAUGUUUCAUACUCAGAGAACCAGGUUGCCUUACCUCCACCUCUGAUGGGGACAUUAUCAGAUACACAGGCACCAGCAAGGAAAAGAGGUGUGCCGGAUAUGAUUGAGAAGACAGUUGAGAGGAGGCAGAAGAGGAUGAUAAAGAACCGAGAAUCUGCUGCCCGUUCACGAGCGCGGAAGCAAGCUUACACAAAUGAGCUGGAGAAUAAAAUAUCUCGGCUGGAAGAGGAAAAUGAAAGGCUGAGGAAACUAAGGGAGCUGGAGAAUAUGUUGCCAUGUGUCCCUCUCCCUGAGCCCAAAUAUCAGCUUCGCAGAACAACAUCAGCCCCAUUCUAGCAAAUGAAGUUUUGUAGAUACGAAGAAUUUCUGGUUUGUGCUCAUAAUUUACUCUUAGAAGCAUGUCACAUUCACUGCUGUGAGUUUGCUUCUCAUCAUCAUCAGUUUUUUUUCUUUCUUGUAUCUAUUCUGUGAAAAGUUGAGUUAGAAAUUUUCGUAUGUAAUUUUCACUGUUGGUGUGUCCUGGGAUUUUUCCCAUGCUAGCUAGUUCUUUUUCGUAUGGUCAAUAUAUUUUUCUAGCUUCUUUCA